CAGUCAGACAUGCUGCUUGUGAUUGCGCUUUUCUCCAUCGCGGGAGGACAUUGGGGGCUCAACCCUGGAGCGUGGGGGUACGAACAAAUCCAGGACAGACAGGGGCCAGCAGCAUCGUCAUGCCCGUCUCCCUGCCAGUGUGAAGAAGAUGGCAUCUUCAUCAUGGUGGACUGCUCAGAGAUGGCACUAUCAUCUGUGCCAUCCAACCUCAGCUCUCUCACCACAUACCUAGACCUGAGCAUGAACAACAUCAGUGAGAUCCAGCCCAGAGCCUUCCACCGACUGCACCUGCUAUCAGAACUGCGUAUCUCAGGGAAUCAACUGAGAUAUAUCUCAGGCCAAGCUCUCCAAGGUCUACACAACCUCAAAGUCUUGAUGCUGCAAAACAAUCAGCUGGAGAGACUUCCUGAUGAUGCUCCAUGGGACCUGCCCAACCUGUUGUCCUUGCGUCUUGAUGCCAACCUCUUGUCUGAUGUUCCAGCUGAGGCCUUUAGAGGCGUUCACUCUUUAAGACACCUGUGGUUGGAUGACAACUCCCUGACAAAGAUCCCUGUGGUGGCUCUGGACUCUUUGCCCUCCCUGCAGGCAAUGACGUUGGCCCUCAACCAGAUCACACACAUCCCGGAUUACGCAUUUACCAACCUCUCUGCCCUUGUUGUACUGCAUCUCCAUAACAAUCGCAUACAGAGCAUGGGCUCAAGAUGUUUUGAAGGUCUGCACAGCCUGGAAACACUGGAUUUAAACUACAACGAUCUGCAGGAGUUCCCUGUGGCCAUCAGGACGCUGAGCAAACUUCAGGAACUGGGCUUCCAUAACAACAAUAUCAAAGCCAUCCCUGAGAGGGCCUUUGUGGGAAACCCUCUGCUCCAAACCAUUCAUUUCUAUGAAAACCCCAUCCAGUUUGUUGGGAAAUCCGCUUUCCAGUUCUUACCAAAGCUACACACGCUCUCCCUAAAUGGGGCAGCCCAAAUUCAAGAGUUCCCUGAUCUGAAAGGAACGACCAGCCUGGAGAUUUUGACACUGACUCGGGCUGGUCUCUCAGCUCUCCCUCCGGAUCUAUGUGAGCAGCUGCCUCGCCUCAGAGUGCUGGAGCUGUCCUACAACCAGAUUGAAGAACUUCCCAGCUUUUACCGUUGUUCAGCCCUGCAAGAAAUAGGACUACAUCAUAAUAAAAUCAGAAGAAUAGAGUCCACCACCUUCCAGCAGCUCACCUCUCUCAGAGCUCUAGAUCUGAGCUGGAACGUGAUCGAGAGGAUCCACCCAGAUACCUUUGCCUCCCUUCACUCGUUAAUAAAACUGGACCUCACUGAGAACCAUCUCACCUCUUUGCCAGUUGCUGGUCUGGGAGCCCUCACACAUCUCAAACUGAAGGGGAACAAAGAAUUAUAUGAAGCUUUCAGUCCUGAUAAUUUUCCCCACAUGAGGGUGAUCGAGAUGCCUUAUGCCUACCAGUGCUGUGUAUAUUCAUCCUGCGAUAGCUACAAGCCAGCCAGUCAGUGGGACACAGAACCGAGCAACACACAUGAAGAUCUACACAAGAGGACAGUAGCCAUGUACCCCAUCCACACUGACACCCACUAUGAUCCUGAUCUGGAGGAGUUCCAGCUGGAAGUCGAAGAAUCUAAACUGCAGACCAGCGUUCAAUGCACACCCACACCUGGUCCUUUCCGUCCGUGUGACUCCCUGUUGGGCAGCUGGAUAGUCCGCGUUGGCUUGUGGAUCAUCUCACUAGUGUCUCUGCUGGGAAACUCCAUCCUGUUCCUGUCCCUGUUUGGCUCGCCUGGCUACUUGUCGCCACUUCGCUUCACUGUGGCCUGCAUGGGUGCUUCCAAUCUCCUGACGGGGGUGUGCACCUGCACUCUGGUCCUUGUGGAUGCUCUUACUCUGGGAGAAUUCAAUCACUACGGAGCACGCUGGGAGGGCGGACAUGGUUGUCAGGCGACAGGAUGGGUCUGGGUGUUUGCGUCUGAGGCGAGUGUGUUGCUGCUGACUCUUGCGGCAGUGCAGUGCGGUGUAAGUGUGACCUGUGCCCGUGCCUAUGGAAAAUCCCCAUCCCUUGGGCGUGUGCGCACAUGUGCAUUGUUCUGCCUUACUUUGUCCCUCACUCUUGCCUCUCUCCCACUGUUAGGUGUGGGAGAGUAUGGGUCUUCCCCUUUCUGCCUUCCUUCACCCUUGCCUACUACAUCUGUGCACUUCCCAUCCUCCCUAGGCUUUCCUUUGGCGCUCAUCAUGAUGAACACCCUGUGCUUGCUCAUAGUCACAGGUUCAUACAUCCGCCUCUAUUGGGAGUUACUUCGAGGAGAAUGUGAGGGUCUGUGGGACUGUGCUAUGAUCAAACAUGUUGCCUGGCUAAUUUUCACUAAUGGUCUCCUCUAUGUACCAGUAGCUUUCCUUUCCCUUUGCUCUCUUUUGGGUCUCAUCUCUCUGGGGGAGGAGGUCCUGAAAUCAGUCCUUCUGCUCCUGCAGCCACUGCCUUCAUGUCUCAACCCUCUCCUCUUCCUUCUUUUCACAAGAGACCACACUCAGAUUUUCUCCUGGUCUCGCCCCAAAGCACGCCCACAACUGCGUCGAGACCGCACCUUGGACUCGCUGGUUUCUGUAGCCACAGAGAAGAGCUCCUACUCCGAUUCCUCCACUCAGGUGUCACUGACUGAUGCUGAUGCCAUGUACUGCGUUGGGUCGUCUCCCCAGCCCAAAAUGGACCCAAUCCAAUUUUCCAGCUGCUCCUCUACUUUGUCUGUUCCGCUCAUUCCUUGCCAAGUGCCCACUCUCACAGCCAGAGAAAGGGAGAGGGUGACUGAAUGAAGUCUGAGCAAUGUGCGAAGUGCUCAGAUUGAGAAGCAACUCAUAAUACUACCCUCUCUGUAAUGUGCCUUCAAAACUCACCUUACAUCACCAACCCUCCCUGUCAGCGGUCUCAAAAUCUGGGAAACGGUGAUUUAAGGACAAUUAUUUUAAUGCAGCAGGAAACCUUUAUGGGCCAUAAACCGAAAUGUUCCUUAAAAUCACUAAAUGAAAACUGAUGAUUAACUGAAAAGAUGAUGAGCGAAUAAAAAGUGGGACAAAAACUGCUUUUACAGAAAAAAAAGACCUCUAGGACAUGCCAGUACUGAUGAACUCAAGAUUCCUAAGAACUAUCCAGCAGACUGAGUCAAUCGACGUUUUGAUUAACGAAGAGAAAUUUCAAACAAAGCUGGUUUUUCCAUGGACAAUCAAAGAAAGAUCUAAAUC